AUGGCCUUGGAGCUCUUUUCGACCUCGGAUCACGAUCUUCACGACAUCGUGAGCUUCACCGCGUGCAUCGGCUGUUGCGCCAAGGGGGCGCAAUGGCUUCAGGCGCUUCAGCUGUUGAGGGAUGCCGUGGAGAUCCGGGAUGGCCAGUUGGAUGCGAUUUUGUACAAUGCCACCAUGAAUGCCCUGCAAAAAGCCGGCAAGUGGCAACAUGCCUUGCGUUUGCUGGAGGAAAUGCGAGCACUUUCCAUGUCAAGCACUUUAGCAAGUCACACCAGCCUUAUUAGUUCCUUCGAAAAGUCUGCACAGUGGGAAUGGGCUCUACAGCAGUUUUCUGAGGUGGCAGGGCAGUUCUCUCCAAAUCUGGUGGUCUUCAAUUCGACCAUCAGCGCCAUGGCAGCUGGGGCUCAAUGGUCCUUGGCUGCGACUCUACUGGAGCUCGUGCAGAACCACUGGACACCAGACAGCUUGACCUACAAUUCAGUCUUGAGUUCGCUUCAAAAGUCCAAGCAGUGGCAAUUGGCACUGCAGCUGUCGAUGCUACACGAUCUACGCCUAGAUCUUCCAGGUUACCACGCCUUGGUCGACUCCCUUGAAACUGCACAUCGGCCGGAGGUCUCCGUGAGCGUCUCAUGGCGAGCUGGUGGUUCUCAUUCUGCUCUGCGACUGGAAGAUUUUGAAGCUCCCAGCGACAGUUUGGAAUCGAAGGAAUCGAAGGAAUGGGGCUUUGAAAACUUUGGAACUGGUGUCAUGAAGCUCUUUGAAAAGGCCUUCAGUGAAUCCACAGAUCCACGACCAUUUCAGCAGCUCCAAAAUGUCCGACAUCUCACCGAAGCCUCAUCCUGGCGGUUCAAGAGGAAGACACCAAACAAGACUGAGCCGAGGGAAUGGCUGGGUGGCAGACUCCCCGUGCCUCUUUUGAAACUGGGAUCCAAAGAUUCCAAAGUUCAACUUGAGAACGAAAUUGGUGAAGAAAAUGUCACGCUCCUGCGCGAUGUCAUGGAGGCUGCGACCUGGUGCAUUGCCUUAGACCUGUUGGAUUCGAUGCAGCAGCGGAAGAUCUUUCCCAAUGUCAUCAGCUUCAAUUCGUCCAUCACUGCUUGUGAGCGUGGCAAUCAAAGUCAGAUUGCUCUGAAACUAUUUGAGAAGAUGCCACAGAUAGAGAUUGCCCCUGAUCUCAUCAGUUACAAUGCCACCAUCAGUGCAUGUGGCAAAGGCCUUGAGUGGCAGCUGGCUUUGAUGCUGUUUCAAGAUAUGGGAGCAGCUGCACUACCGUCCGAUUUCUUCGCAUACUCCGCGGUCCUUUCGGCGGUUACUUCGGCCGCGACUGGAAGUGAAGUUCACCAGUUGCAAGACAGGCUUCGAGGUCACCUCAGAAAGCGCAUCAAGAACUGCCGAAAAUGA